AAAGCGGAAACAAAGAGACAAGGAGCCGGAGCAGAGCGGACCCCGGCCCGGCCCCGGACCCGCCGCGCCUGCAGCCCGCCGCGCCCCGGCCGCCGCCCCCCAUGGCGCUGAAGCGGAUACAGAAAGAAUUAAGUGAUCUGCAACGUGAUCCACCUGCCCAUUGUUCUGCAGGACCUGUUGGAGAUGACUUGUUUCACUGGCAAGCAACUAUUAUGGGACCUCCUGACAGUGCGUAUCAAGGGGGAGUGUUUUUUCUCACAGUACAUUUUCCAACAGACUAUCCUUUCAAACCACCAAAGAUUGCUUUCACAACAAAAAUUUACCACCCAAACAUAAACAGUAAUGGGAGUAUUUGUCUUGACAUCCUGAGGUCACAGUGGUCACCAGCUCUGACUGUAUCUAAAGUUUUAUUGUCCAUAUGUUCCUUACUUUGUGAUCCUAAUCCAGAUGAUCCUUUAGUACCAGAUAUUGCACAAAUCUACAAAUCAGACAAGGAAAAAUACAACAGACAUGCAAGAGAAUGGACUCAGAAAUAUGCAAUGUAAACUUGUGAACACUUUUUCAUACACCACAGAGUACUGUAAAUUCUAGGUUUUUUCAAAAUUAGAAGUAAAUGGAGCACAGUUUGCUGUUUCAGUGUACCAUGAGGCCCUUUUGAUUUUUACCCAUGCGAGUGUGUUUCUGGAACAAGAAAAAAACAAGCUUCCAAAAAUAAACUUAAGACUGUGAUGAGAGUAUUUAUCCUUUUUGUAUGCUUUGCAAAAGACAUUUAUUAUGGUUUUUAAGAAACUUGGACAUCUGUAUCUUCAGCCUACAAGAUCCAUAAUGCAGUUGUAAAGCAACCAAAUUAUUUUUGCUGGAAAAAAUGUUUUUACAUGAUACUGCAUGUGUCUUUUAAGAUAUGUUGUCAGAUUCAUAAGUAUGUUCAAAUGUCAUGGUUAGUUCAUUUAUGUAAUUUGUAUUUUUUUACUGUAUAGACUAAAUAUAUUUUAUUUACCAUGUAAGUCAGCUCAUUUUAGACUUUUUCUUGUGCACAGUAUUGACAAAAUACAACUGCUAGUAAUGAAUGAAUGGGGUGUCUCUUCCCAUAUGAUAUUUUACAGACUGAUUGCAGAUUCUUAAAACCUAAAUGAUCUUUGCACUGUAAUUCAGUAUGCUGAUUAUGGAGAAACACUUGGAUUUUUUUUAUUCUGUUGCAUACUUGAGUUUAAUUUUAUUGCAAUGUGAACUAAUUGCACUGCUAUGUAGAAAGAUAUGUAACUGUCUUGUCUGUUGCUAUUCACAACUGAUUCUGCCCUCUCUGCUCCCUUCCUUUCUCCCCGCAUAGUCAAAUAACAUUCUUGCAGUUCAUUUACAAAUCAUACUGUAGCUUUUCCAUAUAAAUAAAAUGCAUUUUCUACUAUUGGUCUUGGCUAUUUUUUAAAUCAUGCAUAUUCUUGCAAGUGCUUGCUUUACACCUAAAAGAUUAAACUAUUAUGUAUGCAUCUGAAUUCCAGGCAAAAGAGAGAGUGAAGCCAUGCCUUUAAUAUUACUCCAAACAACUUUACACUGGCUUCAGCUCAGUUGAGAGAGCAUACUAUACCCACUUGUGUAGGAUUUCAGCAAUGUUGAAUCCCACACGAAUCACUUAUGAACUAUUUCCUUUAGUCAGAAAAGGUAUCAGAUGUUUGUUUAGAGACUUCACUUACAUUGGUGUAAGUAAAUAUUUUCAAUAUCGGAAUGUCACAGUAUAGAAUUUUCUCUCGUGUCUAACAGUAUUUUCAUCUACUACUGUUUGCAUGUGAAGCUAACUUUUCCCAUUAACAGUUGUUUCUGUCUCCUUCACAGUAUGCAUGCAGAAAACAUAUAAUAUUGGGAGAAAAAACACCUUUUAUAUAUACUUAAAUAAAAAGCAUUUUAAUCCCUGCCAUAGAUUAUUUUAAGGUACUAAAUUGCUGUUAAAAUGCAUGAUUAGUUUAUUACUUUCAAUUUUCUGUAUUAAGCUGGCUUGAAUGGGAAAUUUGCCACUGAAUGAAACAGAAAAUUUUAAGAUAAGAAUAUGUUUUGGGCUUCACUUGUUAUUUAGUUGAAGCAAACCUCUAACUGGAAUACACAGAAAAGAAGCAUGCACCCUAGACUUCAAAACCACUGGAAAUUUAUUGAUUAAAACUCCUUAAGUAGAUCACUACCUUACAACUGUCCAGAUUAUUCAACAGUAUAAAUUGGUCACUUGUAAAAGACGGUCACCUUUCUUUCUUCCAACAUGCAAUUGACCUGAGACAAAAGCUUAAUAGAUUUAAUGUAUUGUAUUACACUGAUUUUUUUUUUUAAGUGUUGUACACAUCAGAACAUGCCAACCUCUCUAAAAUAUUCAAUAAAGGAUUUUUGUAGUAAUACAUACAAGCACUUUCACUAUACUUGAAAUGGCAUAUUGUAGCUAGGGAGGCUACACAAGUGGUGUGUAUAUAUAUCACUAAUUGGUGGCAAAGAAUUCUGAUUAAUAGAAUGCAUCCCCAGAGCUUUUUUCCUCUUUUUCUUAGCUUGUUAAUAAUAGGCUCAUACUAGAACAGAUUAUUUAUUUAAUACAUUAUGUUGAACUGUGUGAAACUUGGAAGUUUGACUUGCAUGUCAGUUAAUGACUAUACUUUGUCUUUUUUGUUGUUUUCUACUAAUACAUAAUAGAGUUGGUUUGAAAAUGUUUAUACUUAAAUUGGUGCUCUGAAGUACUGUAUAUGCCGUGCACAAAGGAAUUGUUUUCUACCAUAAUGUAAGAUGCACAGGAUGAGCAAUAACAUCCAAAUUAACUGGUAACAGGAAAUAUGGCAGACUUCAGUAAUAGUUUAUAUUUCAUAGGAAUCCAUCAAGACACUUUUUAUAUUUUCUUUUUGUUUUCUUGACAGCAUUUAAAGUGGUAUUUCAGUCCCUGAGCCCACUAUCAACCCCUUAACUCCAUGUUCCUGUCCUGGAAAUAGCACGUAUAAUGCUUUAGUCUGAAAUAGUGUGGCUUCCUCUGCCUGGAACUGUAUGUAAAUCAAACUGUAUUCACUAGGAGAGCGUUCAACUGUUGGUGAAUAAGCUUGAAUUGCCUGGUAAAUAAUAUAUACUAAGCAGUUAAUUAUGGAGACAACACGUUUCCUCUUACCAAAAGGUUGCUCAGUCCUGUGGCUUUCAUUAUGGAAUAAAUGAUGGUGAUGUGUGCUUUUCUUCUCUUCACUCAAACACUCUUAAUGGUCACUGUGAGAUGUCUCAGUGGGGGAACUAUUUGAGCCAUGUAGUUACCCUCUGUGCUCAGCACUGACACUUCUGCAACUAAAGUAUUGCUGUAUCAUUAGAAAUUGUUGAAGAUGUAAUCCAAGUUUAUGGCCAUUAUUCUGUUCUAUUAAAUAUAAAAUGCUUUUUUUUUAAUCAGCUUCUGUUUAAUAAGGUUUGACGUGAUUUCUCCCCCACCCCUUCCUACCUAAAGAUGCCAAUUGAAGCCUAUAGAAAAAUAAAGAUUUAAAAAAUUGUA